AUGUCGCCGGCAAUAGAUUGGCAAGCAGACUUGGCUUGUGGCCAUGCAUAUUUCAAUCAUCUUGGGCCAAACAAUCUAACGGAUGGUGAUUGGGCAAUUUUCAAAGAAGCGGAGAAUGACAGGUUCUCUUUCGGCCACACUGCUCCAUCCUUUGGCAUAAGCAUAAGACGAGAAAUUCGCACAUUAUCUGAUGAGGAAUGGAAAAACGUGACAGAUGUUUUCAGAGAAUUAUACGAAGCAGGAGUUCUUCAGGCAUUUGGACGUUUGCAUGGAAAAGCAAAAUUAAAAGCUCAUAAGGGGGGUGCGUUUUUACCAUGGCAUCGGGUUUUCCUUGCACACUUUGAACAAGAGAUGAAGAAGAUCAAUCCCAGUGUAUCCUUACCAUAUUGGGACUAUACGAUUGAUUACGAAAUUCCCCAACCUUAUGAGUCUAUAUUUUGGACGCCAUGCUUCUUUGGAGAAAACAAUGAUACAGUCCAAUCAGGGCCUUUCAAAUUCAUGUAUGGAGCACAUGGUGGCAUAAUCUCGAGACAAUUGGCAAACGAUUUCUACUCUACAAGACUGAUUAACAAAAGAGACAUAGAAAGGUUAAAAGACUUUUGUGGGUUUGAGGACAUAACAACGGGUGUUCUUAAAGAAGAGACAGAUCACAAUCUUGAAACUCUACACGAUGGCGUACAUGACUACAUUGGUGGAGAUAUGGGUGUUGUUGAAAACUCGGCAUACGAUCCGAUAUUUUGGUUUCAUCAUGCAUUUAUUGACUAUAUAUGGGAGUCAUUUAGGGAACAUCAGACAGAAAGUUGUGGCCACAUAGACAUUGAAACAGAUUACAGACCAAUAAAUGACAUUGGAUGGAAGGGCACUUUUGGACAAGGCCACGAAGAUGCAUUAUUUGGUUACAAGCACUUGAAUACAACAGAUGGACUCUGGCGUAAUUGGACACAAAUGUAUUAUAAAUAUGAGCCCCAACCUGCCUGUGACGGUACAUGCCGCGGAGAAUUUCUUUACUGCGAUGACAAAAAGAUAUGUUUAUCUCGGACAAAAGAGGUUUGUAAGAAGGAAUUCCCGACACGAAAUAAACGUAGAGUAGACGUCACAGAUACACUUUUACCACAUAAGCCCUGUGGUGCGGGGUCAAAAAUUAUAGGCCUUAAAGGCGAUGGAAGAACAAUCAAUACAUCGAAAGAGGAAUGUGAAAAGAUUUUGGAAAGGGAAAGAAAGAGUAAGUCUUUACAAUACCCGUCAUUCUAA